AUGGAAGCAGUCGCCUUGUCAACCAAUGAUGCGAGGGUCAUAGUGAAUUUCUUGGGGAAGAACAUUUUUUUCCAAUUCGGCACUUCAAGGGCCAUAAUCAAUGAUGGUGGGAAGCAUUUUUGCAAUCGCCAAUUUGAAGUGCUAUUGACUAAGUAUGGAGUUACCUAUCACGUGGCGACACCAUAUCAUCCUCAAAUGAGCGGCCAGAUCGAGAUGUCUAAUCUGGAGUUAAAGCGCAUAUUAGAGAAGACCCUGAGUAUCUCUUGGGCAGACUGGGCGAGAAUGUUAGAUGACACCCUAUGGGCCUAUCGAACAACAUUUAAAAUACCGAUUGGGAUGUCCCCUUAUCGGCUCGUUUAUGGAAAAUCCUGUCAUCUACCCAUGGAGCUAGAACACAGAGCCUAUUGGGCUACAAGGACACUGAACUUUGAUUUACAAGCGACUGUCGAGAAGAGAAUAUUGCAAAUCAACAAGAUUGAUGAGUUCUGCAAUGAUGCUUAUGAGAAUGUUCGGAUCUACAAAGAUAAAACUAAAUGA